CGGCGCGAGCUGCUUUCAGAUUCAGUCAUCCAACACGCGCGAGUGCACUGAGAGUUCAAGAGCGUUGUUGGACAGUUCGUAAAUAAGCUAAGCUAGGAGCUAGGGGAAUACAUGCGAUUGUACAAGUGCCAUCAAGUGAGACCGAGCUCUUUUAGUUGUUGGUCAGAGGUUGGUGGCCGCAGAGGGAAAGAGUUGAGACCUAAUUUGGCUGGAAGAAGAAGACGCAGGGCCCUUUGGAGUGAGUGCUGAAACACCCGGCCUAACACACUGAACCCACCCACCAGGAAGAUGGAUGGGGGCUAUGGUACCGGGAGCCCCUCCCAGGAGGAGACGCGUGGCCGUCCAGCUCCACGGAGGGCGCUGCCGGGGGCCUCGGUGAGGUCUUGGACAGCCUCCCACCCGAGGCUGCUGUUCCUGGGCCUGCUGCCGCUGCUGCUCCUGGGGGCUCCUCUGCCAUCAGCAGCCAGCGCCUCACUCCAGGGGGUACCCAGGGUCACACUCAGCCACAAAGAGCUGGUGCAGAGUGGCAGUGUGUCUGUGUUUAUGGGGGCCUCUGGGGGCCUCCACUCCCACACACUGCUGUUGGACGAGGAGAAGGGUCGCCUUCUACUGGGGGCCAGGGAUCACGUCUAUCUCCUUGACCCCGACAACCUCUCCAGAGCCCCCCGAAAGAUCGUCUGGCCUGCUUCUCUUGACAGAGUGAAGAUGUGCAAACUGGCUGGGAAAAAUGUAAAUCUGGAGUGUGCUAACUUUGUCCGGGUGCUCCACAACUACAACCACACGCACGUGUACGCCUGUGGCACCGGAGCCUUCCACCCCACCUGUGCCUUCAUCGAGCUCACCGGCCACAGAGAGAGCGGGGUGUUCCAGCUGCUCCCCAGCUCGUUUGAAUCGGGGAGAUUAAAAUGUCCUUUUGAUCCCCGGCAACCAUUCACCUCAGUCCUUACAGACCAGUACCUGUAUGCAGGCACGGCUUCAGACUUCCUGGGCAAAGACACCACCUUCACUCGCUCCCUGGGCCCACCGCCCGACCAGAACUACAUACGCACUGAGAUCUCCGAGGACUACUGGAUCAAUGAGGCCAGCUUCAUAUCGGCUCAUCCCAUGUCCGACACCCACAACCCGGACGACGAUAAGAUCUACUUUUUCUUCCGCGAAGUCUCCCGGGAGGGCAAGGACAAAAGCAUCCUGUCCCGCGUGGCGCGCGUCUGCAAGAACGACGUGGGUGGUCUGCGGAGUCUGACCAACAAAUGGACCACCUUCCUCAAAGCCAGACUGGUGUGCUCCAUUCCUGGGCCUGACGGAGUAGACACACACUUUGAUGAGCUCCAGGACAUCUUCAUGCUUCCCACCAGAGACGAUAAGAACCCCGUGGUGUACGGGGUCUUCACCACCUCCAGCUCCAUCUUCCGGGGCUCAGCGGUGUGUGUGUACAGCAUGGCGGACAUCAGGGCCGUGUUCAACGGGCCCUACGCCCACAAGGAGGGCCCCGACCACCGCUGGGUUGAAUACGAGGGCAGGAUCCCCUACCCACGCCCCGGGACGUGCCCCAGCAAGACGUACGACGCGAAGAUCAAGACCACCAAGGACUUCCCCGAUGAGGUGGUCAGCUUCGUGCGCUUCCACCCGCUGAUGCACGGCUCGGUGCUCCCGCUGAACGGCCGGCCCGUCUUCCAGCUGGUGCGCGCCGAGUACACGCUCACGCAGAUCGUGGUGGACCGCGUCUCCGCUGAGGACGGCCAGUACGAGGUCAUGUUCCUCGGAACAGAUGCUGGUUCAGUGUUGAAGGUGGUGAGCAUCGCUCAGGAGAAUUGGUCCAGGGAGGAAGUGGUGCUCGAGGAGCUGCAGGUGUUCCAGGUUCCAACUCCCAUCCUGAGCAUGGAAAUGUCAUUCAAACAGCAGCAGCUGUACGUGGGCUCCAGUGAGGGCCUGGCCCAGGUGUCCCUCAGCAGGUGUCCGCUGUACGGGCAGGGCUGCUCCGAGUGCUGCCUGGCCCGGGACCCCUACUGCGCCUGGGACGGGACCACCUGCUCCCGCUACGUCCCCGCGGCCAAGAGGCGGGCCCGGAGACAGGACGUUAAGCACGGCGACCCGGCCAGCCAGUGCUGGGACUCGGCGGAUGGAGGGGGACUGGCGGAGGAGAGAGUUCUAUUUGGGGUGCAGAACAACUCCACUUUCCUGGAGUGUAUCCCUAAAUCCCAGCAGGCCCAGAUCCGCUGGUACAUCCAGAGACCGGGCGUGGAGCACCGGGACCAGGUGGUACCAGACGAGCGCGUGGUGCACACGGACCGGGGCCUCCUCAUCCGCUCGCUGCGGCCGGCCGACGCCGGGCUGUACUCCUGCGUGGCCGAGGAGCGCGCCCACUUCACGCGCACCCUCCUGCGGCUCGCGCUGCGGCUGGUGCCGCACGGGCACCUGGACGGACGGCCCAGGCCGGGCGAGGACCCGGGGGCGGAGCCACGCAGCGGGGCGGAGUCUCGGCAGCGCUACAAGGACUACCUGCGGGUGAUGAACUCGCCCGUGGGCUCGUUGGAGGAGUACUGCGCCACGCUGCUGGUGAAGAAGCAGCCAAUCAAGGCCCGGGGGCGGGGCAUGGGGGCGGGUAAAUGGAAGCACAUCCAGGAGUUGAAGAAGAGCAGGAACCGGAGGCACCACGUGAAGGAGGUGGAGAGGGCGAGGAGGGCAGCGGAGGGGCGGGGCAGGUGAUCUGGGCGGGUUCAGGGUGGGCAGCAGUAUUAUGGGCCAGUCUCAGAACGGUUGAUAACUGAAGUGAAACAAAGACAGAAUAUAAUGGUUCACAUUCUGAAAGAGGAAACUUCAAAAGAGAAAGAAAUUGAAAAGGUCAAGCUUUUCGAGCACAUCUUAAAGUUACAUAUUAACUGAAUAAUACCCAUUUCAUAAUUAUAUUCAGUGAGACCGGUGACCUUCCCUCCAGUUGCACUGAGUUAAGUCAGCACAGGGGUCAUCUUAUAAACAUUAUCUGUCACCUAUGAAACGAUUGGAUGGUAAAACUGUUAGUAAUGUGAGACGCAUUCAUGUUGAAUAUCUGUAAAUAUUUAUUGAAUCUGUACAGGAGAUGCAGCAUGCUCAAUCUAGGCCCAGUUGGGGCAUGUUUGACUUUUGUAUGACUAUCAUGGUAUUAUAUGUGUGGGUAAACAAAGUGAUAUUUUUAUAAAAACUGUUGUAGUAUUGUAACGUUUUGUAGUUGUUUCUUUCUAUCUGUUAAUUUUUUUUUAUUUAUGACAGCAUUUGUAGAGCACGGUUUGUUACUGUGAAAUUUCUGUUUUAAAAUGAAAACCAAAAAAACCAA